GUCACACCAAACGAGAAUGGACGACCUGUAAUAGAUUUCGGUGAUAAAAAGAAAUGCCAGUUCAGCAUUAAAGAAUCAAAUUGUGUUGUAAUAAUUGUAUCGACGACUGGUGAUGGUGAACCACCUCAAACAGUAAUUACAUUUUGGCGUAGAAUUAUUAAAAGAACAUUACCACCAGAUCACUUAAAAGGAGUAUAUUAUACUUUGCUUGCUUUAGGAGAUUCAAAUUACAAUAGUUUUUGCCACUUUGGUAAAAUCCUAGACAAAAGAUUGGAAUAUUUGGGUGCAAAAAGAUUUUAUCCAACUGGAUAUGGUGAUGAUGCCAUAGGUCUUGAAGAAAGUGUUGAACCUUGGAUUGAGGGUUUAUGGAAAGCUAUAAGAAUUCAUUUAAAUAUCACAAUUGAAAUAGAUUACUCAAGCUUAACAGAAAGAAUUGUUAUAAAAAAUCUAAGUAAAAACAUGGAUAAUAAUAUGGCAGAGAGAAAUGUAAAUAAAGUGGAUGACAUUACUAACUUAAGUGAAAAAGCUUCAAAUUUAAAAAUUGAUGAAUCUUCAAGUAAAAAGUCUUUGUUACUUAGAAAUUCAUCAGUUCAAGCUGAUACUUUAACAAUACCAUUACUGCCAACAUCUUCAUUAACUGUUACGUAUUCUUCAAAUAAGGAAAAUAUCAAAAAAUUUUCAUAUAGUAGUAGUUUCUUACUGUCUGCAGUUUCCGAUCUCAUUCCUGCAACAGUUAUUUCAGCAAAGCAACUAACAUUUUCUUCAGAUGUAAAAACAACUUUACAACUUACAGUUCAUAUUCAGGACAAGAGUAUAUGUUAUGAACCAGGAGAUUCUUUUGGAUUUUUGUGUCACAAUUCACCUGAAGAAGUAGAAGAAUUAUUAACCAGAUUAAAAGUAACAAGAUAUGCUGAUGUGUGUUGUCAAUUGAAGUUUCAAACUGAUAAGGCUAAGAAAACUUUAGCUCAUCUACCAGAAUGCAGUACACUUCGAGAAAUUUUCACCAAUUAUUGUGAAAUUAGGGCUAUUCCUAAAAAGAUUUUUCUCAGAGUUUUAAGUGAGCAUACAUAUGAUGAAGUUGAUAAACAAAGAUUAAAUGAACUUUGUAGUAAAGAAGGUUCCUCAGACUACAUAAGAUGUGUUGUACAGUCUCAUGCUACUUUACUUGACAUACUUGAGGCUUUUCAUUCUUGUCUUCCUCCUGUUGAAGUUGUUUUAGAAAAUCUUCCAAAAUUGAAACCAAGAUUUUAUUCAGUUGCAAGUUCUCCUCUAUUAAAACCUGAUCAGUUUAAUAUUGUUUUCAAUAUUACUGAAAUUGAAGAUGGUGAUAAAAAUAUGAAAGGUGUUUGUACUGGAUGGUUAAGUAAAAUUACUAAUCAUAUGUACAAUAAACAAUCUUUAGCACAUUCUAAAGUAUUGGCAGGAAGAACUGAUAAACCUUUGAUCAGAAUAUAUAAAAAAUAUAACCAACGUUUCCAUCUAACAAAAGAUCCUUCUGUCCCUCUUAUAAUGAUUGGACCAGGAAGUGGAAUUGCUCCAUUUAUUGGCUUUUUACAUCACAGGAAAUACCAGAUCAUGAAUCAGUUAACAGAAGCAUCUCAUUUUGGUGAAGCAUGGUUAUUUUAUGGCUGUAGAUACAGAGAUAAAGAUUAUUUAUAUAAGGAAGAACUUGAGAAAUUUCAGGCAGAUGGAAUAUUAACCAAACUGCUUGUGUGCUUUUCUCGAGAGAACACUGAAGACAGUUUUCCAGACAGACCAAAAUAUGUUCAACAUAACAUUAUUCAGUAUGCAACUGAUGUUGUGAGAUUACUAAAAGUAGGAUGUGUUGUUUAUGUUUGUGGAGAUGCAAAGAAUAUGUCACAGGAUGUAUUUAAAACAUUUGUUGAAAUCUGGAAGACAACAGAAA